AUGCCUCUCCCCCGCAUCACUAGUCGCACUCCUCUUCGGGAAUCUUCCUCCUCCUCUCUCGAAAAGGCACAACCGACCCUGCCUCUACCGCCAGCACUUUCUUUUAUGGCUGUGAAAAAUGCUCGAAAGACUCGCAGUCGUGCUGCCUUGCUUGUGUUUCUUUCACUAGUCUUCAUCUCCUCCUACAUUUUCUUUGUACAGCGACCUGCCCUCUCGACUUCGAUUGUUCCUCAUCGAACUGCGGCCGCAAGCAGCCUUGCUGAAGCGCUUGAUGCUAUGCGGAAUUCUCAUUUGGCUUCUGGUGCUGGACUCCGAAAAUCUUCCUCCAACCGGCCACAGGUUCAGUUAACGUCGGAACAGGAGCUCGCCGCUGUCUCGAGCUUCCUUGCUAGUCUAGCUGCCAACGUCAUUCCUUCUUCAGUAGACCCUUCAAAACCUAUUGACCCACAACUCGUACUCGAGUUUGACACCCGUGGCAGUCGCGCUAACGAAGAAGUUGAAGUCAUGGUCGAAGACGUGUGGUCGAGAAACCCGGUGUUCCUUUACUCAAAACUGUACUCUCCUAUCUCCCGAGAAAUCAAGGCUACUCUCCUGUCAAUGAACCUGUACCCGGCGCCCACCAUCAUAGACGUUGAUAUCCGCCCAGAUGCAGAUGUCCUCAAACCUAUGUUGAUGCGCCUCACAUCAUUGUCGGACUUGCCUAUUCUCAUUAUCGGCGGCAAACCUGUCGGCUCUAUAACAGAGGUGCGAGAAAUGGCAGAGACAGGAGAAUUACAGCGCAGGAUCCGCGAGGCGGGCGCCGUGACCGUCGACAAGAGGAAGAAAAACAAGAAAUAA